AUGGCCACUAUUGAUGAGGCACCUUUCAUCACCGAUGUGCCACUUGUCCGGAAGAAAUUCGAGCACGACUCUUCUUAUAACUUCACGGCUCCAGGCGCGAACCAGAAGUGGCUUGAUCUGAUCUCAUUCGGCAAGCCUUUCGUUGCGCUGAAUGACCCGUCCAAAUAUGGCCUGCCGGACUACUUCCACAAAGACGCUCUCCAACCCGAGGGUCUGCAGCCCGUGGCCUGGAAUGUUUUCCAUCAGCUGCAUUGCCUGGUUUGCUUCCGCACCACUUACAUGAAGUUGGCUUUGGACUUGGACGGCGGCUACGAUGUCUGCACUCGCCAACACAUUGAACACUGCCUCGAAAGUCUUCGUCAGGCCACCAUGUGUGCCGGAAACAUGAAUAUGGAACGGUUUGAGUUCAUUCACUACCCAGGUCAUGAUGACUUUGUACCAAAGCUGGUUGGCCAGCAUGAAAUGCAUACGUGCCGUGACUGGGACGCCAUCAAGGGUGUCAUCAAGAAGAUCAGGUCUGAGAACAUUCCUGUGGACAAGUAUGGCAAGCGUGUACCUCAACCGUAA